AUGGCUAUGAUGCCCCAUCCCCUCGAUCCAUUGUCACCGGCAGAGAUAUCGCUGGCCGUGCGUCAUCUGAACAAUGCGUAUCCGAGCGAUAAGCUCGUCUUCAGGGUAGUCACCUUUUUGGAGCCUCCCACAGCUCAGAUGAUACCAUAUCUAGAAGCAGAGCGUUCUGGCAAACGGGACGUUACUGCUCCAAAGCGGAGUGCGUUCGUUCAGUCCUACAAGAACACAACGGCAGAUUUUCGCGAGGUUUCUCGCCUCGGUCUUGCUACAAAACCUGUCUAG